UAAACAAAGCUGCCGAUAUUGUUCUAAAUACAAUGAGGCAAGAACGAAGUAUGAUCUCAAACGAAUGGCGAGAACCGGUCAUGCCUCAUAUUAAAAAUGACUUUAAGCGUAUUGAGCUAUGGAAACGUGUUGAAAAAUGUAUUCAAAAAAAUCCUAUG